AUGACCCCGAGAGCAUCUGCACCCCUCGCCACUACUCUCCCCCUCACCCCCACGCGGGCAGAAGCGGGUUCCGCCCCCGCUGUCAAUCCAGGGAAGUUCCAGGCCUGCGGGCCGGAUGUGACCUCCGCUGGCUUCUGCCUCUGGGAUCUGAGAGAAGCGAGUGUGUCUUUCUGUGAGGGGCGUCUUGAGGGCGGCAGAAGGCAGCGGGCCCAGGAGGCAAGCCCUGGGAAGUUCCUCGCAUGGCCGCCAGGCACACGGAUCCUGAUUUGUGAAUCCUGGACUGACCGAGGGAAGGGGCUUGGUAUCACGAGCACGACCUGCGGGGAGCACAGCCAGGGCCCAGUCCCUGCUGGGAGACAAGGGAGGCCUAGGGAGACCCAGGUCCACAGAGAGGAUCUCGGGUUCAGCCCUGCCAGGAUCAAGGGGAGGAAGAAGAAGGAGGAUUCAGGAGACCUUGGACUCCAGGUGAGGACUGUGUUCUCAGAGGAUGACUUUGAGCCAACAAAAGGAGCCCCAUCAAGUCCACAAAUAAAGUGGUCACUGGAUCUGCCAAGAGUCAGUGUCUUCAGAGAACAGGCCACACAGUAGGACAGGAGCCCCAGAAGGCCCGAGAGGAUCACUGGAGGAGAAGGCCUGUAAGUAGGCGUUCGCCUGUGGUUCCCUGUCACCCAGAUCCUUCCCACAGUGCUGCCUGCUGAUCUGACCAGAGUCACCAUGCCUCUUGGGCAAAGGAGUCAGCACUGUAAGCCUGAGGAAGGUCUUCAGACCCAAGAAGAAGCCCCCGGCCUGAUGGGUGCGUGGGAUCUCCCAGUUGAGGAGCAGGAGGCUGCCUCCUUGUCUUCUACUCUGAAUGCAGGUACUCUAGAGGAGGUGCCUGCGGCUGAGUCACCGAGUCCUCCCCAGAGUCCUCAGGGAGCUUCCUCCUCCCCCACUGCCAUGGACUCCAUCUCUUGGAUCCUAUCUGAUGCGGGUUGCAGCAGCCAAGAAGAGGAGGGGCCGAGUACCUCGCCUCACCUGGCAGACCCUGAGCCCUUCCUUCAAGAUACACUACAUGAGAAGAUAAUUGAUUUGGUUCAUUUACUGCUCCACAAGUAUCGAGUCAAGAAGCCGAUCACGAAGGCAGAAAUGCUGGAGAGUGUCAUCAAAAAUUAUGACGAAUACUUUCCUGAGAUAUUUAGGGAAGCCUCUGAAUGCACGAAGCUGCUCUUUGGCAUUGACCUGAAGGAAGUGGACCGCGCUAGCCACUCCUACUUCCUUGUCACCUCUCUCGGCCUCUCCUAUGAUGGUAUACUGGGUGAUGAGCACAGCAUGCCCAAGUCUGGCCUCCUGAUAAUAGUCCUGGGUAUAAUCUUCAUGGAGGGCAACUGUGCCUCUGAAAAAGUUAUGUGGGAAGUGCUGAGCAUUAUGGGGGUGUAUGCUGGGAGGGAGCACUUCAUAUCUGGGGAGCCCAAGAAGCUCCUCACCCAAGAUUGGGUGGAGGAAAACUACCUGGUGUACCGGGAGGUGCCCGGCAGUGAUCCCACAUGCUAUGAGUUCCUGUGGGGUCCAAGGGCCCACGCAGAGACCAGCAAGUUGAAAGUUCUUGAGUAUAUAGCCAAUGCCAAUGGGAGGGAUCCCACUUCUUACCCAUCCCUUUAUGAAGAGGCUUUGAGAGUGGAGAGAGAGGGAGUCUGA